AUGGAACAGCCAUUGUCUCUCAUAUCUGCCCAAGUCCAUUUCACGGACGACCGGCUAACUCUGGUUCAUAUUCCGCUGGAUCUGUACCCAUUUUUCGUCCAACCGAUCCUGCGUCUCCUUUUCAACGACGUCCCGGCCAUCGAUGACCAUGACGUGGUCGAGGACGAGCCUGCUCCUCCUAGUCAGGGCUUCCUCAACCUCUCGCUAACGCCAGUCGAGUGUUCGGUUGUAUGCUCCCGGCAUCUGGCCGAGAAAUACUUUGUACCCCUGGCCAGCAAAUUCAACAAGCUUGCCCCUGAGACAGGGAGCCGAGUCUCGGUCAGCAAAGACGACUUCAUCGUCAUGCAGGUCGACGGCCAAGGCUUGGAUGCUGGUCAGCGGGUCUUGGAAUUGACCAGUCCGCUGGCAAUGGCGGGAAUCUCCAUCUUCUUUAUCUCGACGUACUUCUCUGACUACAUCCUCGUGCCGUCGCGCUCCAAGGAACAAGUCGUCCACGCCUUGGAGAAACGAGGUUUUACAUUUGAGGUCAACUCGGACGCAUUCGUCAACAACCUCCAGUCUCAUUUCUACCCCACGUCUCCCCGGACCGCGCCCACACAGCACUCUCCUCCAGCGACGCCCCCACCGUCCUCUCUGUCGGAGCUGCAAACCCGCACCUUCGCGUCAUUGCGAAGACACAACAUCGUUCCCCGUGUCGACAGGAGUCUUCGCCUGGUCCAAUGCGCCGCCCACCAUCGCGAUCGAUCUGAUGUGACGUCGUCUUCGAUCCUGCGCCCGGCCCUCACGACAGCCCUUCUGGUGGACCGGCCGCGCUUCUUAUCAUUGACCCUCACGCCGGCAGACCCCGCUGCGUCGAUCCUCCUGGAGAAGCGUCUCCUUCCGCGCUUCUCGUCGGAUCCGACCUUGGGUACCGCUGCGGAUGAAGAAAGCAGCGUGUUACUCGGGUCCAAAGAGGAUAUCCUCGUCCCGAUCACGCUGGACCUGCGCGAUCUGCCACUGGAAGCUACGGGAAUAGUGUGCGGCGUCGCGGGGCGCCUUGCGGAAGCCACGCACUCCCGCGCAGAUAAUAAUCCCAGUGGCUCCCCGUCGCCAAUCCACGGUGCCAAGCGGUUCUCCUUUGAUUCAGGCGCCGAUACGUCACAGCUCUCCUCUAGUGUGAGCAGCAUCGCGGUCAGUACGUCGUCCAAAACCGACUUCCACUCACCGACGAACGACCACCCUCUUUCCCAGUCGUUUCAUCGCCUCGAACCCGAACCGAAUUGGUACCCGGAUGCGGUCGAGAUCAGCUUUUUGAGCACGGCACGCGCGGGGACCGUUCUGGUCGGGGAACGAGAACUCGAUCGUGCUGUCGAGGCCUUGGAUGCUGAGAGUCGGGAGCCAGACCCUGUCUUCAGUCCGACACUUGCUUAG